CAAGGUUAAAUGUGCUUCAAGACUAAACACAGUGAAAUGUUUGCCAGUCUACAAAUCUAACGGCACUCUGGCAGGUGGAUUAGGUUGCCCAAUAAUACAUACCUAAUGCGGAUUUGAAGGAAAAACCCAUCUGUUGCCGUCCUGCCUUAGGAAAGGGCAGCCGGGUGGUCAACAGCUUGCAUAGGGAAGGAGUUUUUAUGUUCACGCAUGCAAGUUGGUUUCCCAAUUUUUUAAUCAGCCUAAUCUUGAAACAAUUUACAGUGAGAUUAGACCUGGUUUUUAAUACACAAAGAAGACUUGUAGACAAAUGAACCAAUUCACUAAUCCCUCACUCCAACUGUGCAGCAGUGGACUUUCCUCAUUUCACUCAGUGAUUUGAUUCUACAGAAGCCACCGAAACUUUACACUGUUGCUAAUUUGAUUCCCUUUGUGCAAUCCAGACGUACUUAAAAUCAUCAAAUUUUGGAUGUUUUUUCUUGCCAAACACUGCCAACGAUUUGUUUUCCUUUAGCAAAUACUUUGUGCUUCUGUAAUUUGUAACGUCAACACUCGGCCUCUCAAAGAAGACAGCCGACCUUGCUGCGCUUCACACUUUGAGGCAGAAUGGAUGAAAUCCGUCGGCUGUUAGGCAGCACAGGGCGCGUCCGCUCUGACAGCCAAUCCAGCGAUGCCACACAGUCAACGGGCAGCAAACUGGUUCUGCGCCAUCGGCUCAACCAGCUGAUGACCUGCGUGGAUGACUUGGACCCCCAAAACGAGUUGCACGAGAAAGUGGUUAAGACACUGGAUAACGCCUUCCUCAUCUGUGGCAAGAGAGCCAACCAGCCGAAGAAAGACAGCUUCAGGCUACACAUGGUGACGUGGAAUGUGGCCACAGCUGAUCCUCCAGACCAUGUAAGCUCGCUUCUCCAUCUGAACUCCCCAAAGAGCCCAGACCUCUAUGUCAUCGGUCUGCAGGAGGUGUACUCAAGGCCACUGAGAUUUGUGUCGGACAUUUUAUUCGAUGACCCAUGGAGUCAUCUGUUUAUGUCUACCUUGGCACCACGGAAGUACGUUAAGGUGUCAUCCAUCAGAAUGCAGGGUCUGUUGCUGCUCUUCUUCUCCAAACUGGAGCACGUCCCCUUCAUCAGAGAAAUCCAGGCCACAUACACACGCACAGGCAUUUUUGGUUACUGGGGGAACAAAGGUGGUGUGUCCAUACGUCUGUCUUUCUACGGCCACAUGCUCUGUUUCCUCAACUGCCACUUGGCUGCUCAUAUGAAAUAUGCCACUGAGAGAGUGGAUGAGUUUGAGUACAUCAUGGACACGCAGACUUUUGAAUGUAAAAAGGCUCCAAGAAUUGUUGACCACAGGCUGGUCUUUUGGUUUGGAGAUCUCAACUUCCGAAUUCAAGACCAUGGCAUGCACUUUGUCCGCUCCUGUAUCAACAAUCAAACCUACAACCUGCUGUGGAGCAAAGACCAGUUGAUCAUGAUGAGGAAGAAAGAAAAGAUGCUUCAGGAGUUCGAGGAAGGGCCUCUGGACUUUCAACCCACAUACAAGUUUGACUUAAACUCUGAUACUUAUGACAGCAGGCUCUACAGGACAUGGUUUGGCUUUAAUGGAAAGAAGCGUAAACCUGCCUGGACGGACAGGAUUCUGUGGCGGCUCGGACCCAAAGCCCCAACCCCUGAUCUGCAAGAUGAAAAGACUGUGGAUGUGAAAAAGAUCAAGCAGCUGGAAGAGGAUGAAGACUACCCUCUGAAGAUCAGGCAGGACUUGUACAACAGCAACAUGGAGUAUUGCAUCAGUGACCACAAGCCUGUGAUUGGCAUCUUCACACUGGAGCUGAAGAAGAUGCACGAGACUCCUCUGGUGCGUCUGCAGGCAGAGGGCGACUGGAGCGCAGACAUUGAUGCCAUGGUUCUCUAUAGCCCUCUGCAGCCGUUCCCCUCCAGUGCAUGGGACUGGAUUGGACUCUAUAAGGUUGGAUUCACCAGUAUGACAGACUACAUCACCUACACGUGGGUCAAAGACGACGAGGUGGCCUUCAAUGAAGAAAUCAUACAGGUGUAUGUUAGUAAAGAGGAAAUCCCUGUGCAGGGAGGAGAGUGCGUGCUGUGCUACUACAGCAGUACUCUGCGGUGCAUCAUUGGAAUCAGUGAACCAUUCAAGGUCCAUGAGUCCAAGGUAGCCAUUGAGGAAGGCUUGGUACCCGAGAAGAUUAACGGACUAGACAAAACCGUAGCGAGUGAAGACCUUUGGAACUGAUCUGUUGAGAGUCAUAGCUGUGGUAUGAUGUACAGAUGAAACUAUUUGGGCCUGGAUUGCCUGAACAACGACUAGGCUUUUCAUAACUGUGCUUCUUAACCUGCCACUGAAAGGGCAGAUUAGGAAAUGCUACCUGUUCAUGCUGUCACGCAUGCCCACAUCUAAUGCUACUGGUAUGGCUAUUAGUUACACAGUCAGUACAAUUUGUUUUGCGACUGGUCUCUAUCGUCACAUUUUCUGUAUAUAUGUUAAACCAGAGUUUAAGGUCGGACCAAAGUCAAAGCAGGAAAUUUUAAUCCUUUAACAACUGAUUUAAAACCUGAAAACGGGUAGAUUAGAAUGGAAACUCAAAUUUAAAUUGACCUUACACUGAGCAAAGAAGUGGCAGCUUUGUCUUGUGGGCUAAAACAUGGCACAGCAGUGAAUUAGUUAGAACCUGAUAGUGUUAUGCAAUAUGAUGAAACUUUCUGAUUGGAUGUUGUGUGUGUUGUUAGUGAGGAAUGGGAGGGAACAGGUAAGACCAGAGGGCUUCCGCAGAGCUGUGCGAAGAGAGAGACAUGAGGUAAAGCUACAGUGUGAGGUGAAGGGGAUAGGUGCUUGAAGGUUACUUAAUGUAACCAAAUCUGAGCACAGAAAUGAUUCGCACAUAUUUUGAUUUGGUGUGACUUACACUUCCCGAUAUAUCAAUGUUCAGUGUUAACUUGCCUGAGAAUCAUUGCGUUUUUAAGUUUUCUUCAGCACCAAGUAAUCCGGUGAUAUUUCUUAGUACAUCCAGGGGUACAUUGCAAACAGGAACUGUUAAUAGCUAAUCCAGCAUUCUUUUAAUAGUACUAAUUUGCAAAAAUGUAUGCAAAUACAGGCGAAAAGAGCUGAAGUUGUAGCCCACAGCUAACUAAUUUACAUUCCUCACUAUUGUCUCGAAUUUGUCCAAGGGGGGCCCAUGGUGUCAGUUUGAAAAGCCCUGGAUUAGACGUAUCGAUAAAAUAGUAGGUUAAGUAUGUUGUAGGAUCUGUAAAAGCCUGCUGCUUUGUGUGAUCAGUCCAAUGUAUCAGUUGAUGAAAGGAAGUUCUUACUUCAAGUUUGUCUUAAUGAAUCGAAAAUAUUUGUUUAAAAAACCUCCAAAUGCUGAAGUUGCUCUCAGAGUGUGACUGAAAGAAAAGCUGGAACUCUUAAUAAGGCUAUAACUAACUAAGAAACAUAAUACUAUUAUGAAAGGAAAAGGGAAUUGCAAAAUUAACAAAGCUCUUUGGCCAUUUUCUGUUUACUUGGCACUGUGGUCACAAUGUCAAACACAGGGUUAAUACGUGUUUCACUGCUUAAGCAGAUGUUCACUGCUUACUUAGCAAACAUGAAGAGACGGGCAUUCUUGAAGCCACUCUGUGAUUAUACAGGACUAAUUUGCAUGCUCAAGGCAAAGCCAAUAUGAUGCUGGAGCAGAGCUUACUUUUUGUGUGUUCAUUGCAAUUUGGCUUAAAGCUUUAAAAUAAAAAGUGUUCCUUGUUCAAGGUAUAAUCAGAGCUUCAUACCUGUAGGAGGUGGUUGUCAAAAGGAAAUACCCCACCUAAAAUGAAAAUAGAGUCACAGUGCAACCAGCCCAUGUCACCUCAAACUCUGUUGAAGUUUGUAGGACCACUGGACAUAUAGUGGUUCAUUCACAGCUCUCAGAGAAAUAACACUUCUACCAGUGACCUGUUAGCUCUGUAAGCUGCGAGGGACCAGAGGCAUUUUAUGUGACUAAAAUCCUGUUUUUCUACAACACAUUUGUAUUAUGGAAGCAUUUUUUGACUGAGAAAUGCGACAUUUUUAUGUUGUCUUUUAACUGUUUAAAUUUGGCCCAGUUUACUUACGUGAAAUGAAGCUUUUGUUUGGUGGCCCCACAGACCUCAGAUUUGACUGACAUGGGGUUAAGUACUAGAUGAUGACUGAAUAAAAUGCUUUAAGACAGAAAUAAGAGAAAUAAAAAUUUAUUGAGAUGAACUAUUCCUUUAAAAACAAGAUGACCUGACUAUUCUUAUUCUUUUCCACCCCCUCGUCUGCAUGAAAACAUCAUGCAGAAUGAGUAUAAUUAUUAGUCCUCCAGCACUGAUCUUAAUCUGUUCACUGUCCUGAGAGCAUUGCUGUAGUGUGUAAAAUGGAUAUUUCAUUUUUUUUAAUAUAUGUUUUUUGAAAUAUUUAUGGGGCUUACAGAAUAUCUUGCCUCGGUGUGUGAAUACGACUGCUGUAGGAAGAUGAGAAGAUAUUUUGCAGUAUUGAUUUUCUCCUCAUAGUAUUUUAAUUAACUUCAGUUUUUCCUUGAGAACUUGAAUACAUAGAUAUAUAUUAUAUAACUUUAACUUUUUUGAGGAGCUGAUCAGUUAUAACUCAUUUUCAGCUUGCUGUGCUCUUUACCCACCAGUGGUUUUUCUUAAUAUUAAUCAUUCCAUUUGGUACUGUUUGAGGUGUCACAGUGAAAUAGAUAACUUAAAGAUGAAGGAUGUUGCACUGUUUAUUGUAAUGAGAAAGUUUUUACAGCCUUUCAUGCUAUUAUUAGUUUGUACUACGAAAGAAAAUGAAUAACUUGUUUUUAGAGAACAAUAUGGAUUCAGCAAGUGCCUUUGAAAUGAUUGUCGCUUUACAUUUACUGUACUGUACAGUGCUGCUCAAUUUUGAUACGGUAUGUAACAUUAGAUUAUUUAUCAUAACAUGACAUGGUUUUCAUGGCCUUUUCUUGUUCUGAGAUCCUCUUGAUUUUAAAUAUUGCUGUUCUAAACUUUCAGCUCCAUGAAGAUCUCGUUCACUGAAUGUUGUUUUUAUUGGCUUGCUGGAAACGAUUAUAUCUGCCAAUUUAUGUCAAUGUUUAUUUAAUUUAUUUUUCGACUGAAGAGUGACGUAUUUUCUCACCUAGUAAUGAAAUUUAAUGUACUAGAACAGAAUACCAACAAAUGUAUAGCCUUGCAAAUGCAAAUAUUAAA